AUGAGCACGGCCACCACCACCAGUGUCAGCCCGGCGAAUGGCACCGUGAGCAAGGGAAAUGCCACCAGGCGUCGCAACCGCAAUGCAUCUCCCGGCCCGGUCGAAGGGGAAUCCGAAGACGCAACUGCAGCCGAGAAGCCCAGAGCCGCCGUCGCCCAGAAGAAGUAUCGUCACGUAGCAGCAGUGCAUUCCAAGAGCCGCCCUUCGUGUUUAAGCCACGACUCCGAUGCCACGCCAAGCUUUAUCGGGUUUCGAAAUCUCAUGGUCAUUGUCUUGGGUACGCAAGCAAUCCCGAUUCACUGCAAACAACUGCUGCCGCUUACUGACCUCGAUGUAGUUUAUGGUGUUUUGAUAUGCCUUCGAUGUCAUUCCUACAAGAAUGAAGAUGUCCUGAUCGGCGGACUUCUCUACUUUCUCAUUCCCUGCCAUCUAUUAGUCGCCUACUUGAUCGAAUUAGCCGCCGCAAAGCAGGCGCGAGGAUCCCGUAAGCGCCUCAAACCUGGCUCUACCGGACCGUCGGAGCAAGACAAGUCCAAGUUUCAUUCAACAUGGGUACUGGUGGCCUGGGCUCAUGGUAUCAAUAUGACGCUUGCUUUGACCCUCACAACCUUUGUGGUUUACUUCUACAUCCACCACCCGCUCGUUGGGACCUUGACCGAGAUGCAUGCCGUCAUUGUGUCGCUGAAGACAGCCUCGUACGCAUUCACCAACCGAGAUCUUCGCCAUGCUUACCUGCACCCCGUCAAAGGAGAGCAUAUCCCUGAACUCUACUCGAAAUGCCCCUACCCGAAUAAUAUCACUUUCGGCAACCUCGCCUACUUUUGGUGGGCGCCGACGCUGGUCUAUCAGCCCGUGUACCCGCGCACCAACAAGAUCAGAUGGGUUUUUGUUUUUAAGAGGCUGGGCGAAGUAUGCUGUUUAAGCGCAUUCAUCUGGUUCGCCAGCUUCCAAUACGCCGCACCGGUUCUGCAGAACUCGCUCGACAAGAUUGCUUCGUUGGACUUCCUCAUGAUCCUAGAGCGGCUGCUGAAGCUGUCAACCAUUUCUCUGGUUAUUUGGCUCGCAGGAUUCUUUGCCCUGUUCCAGUCCUUCUUAAACGCACUGGCCGAAGUGCUGCGAUUCGGCGACCGUUCAUUUUACGACGACUGGUGGAAUAGCGAGAGUCUUGGAGCAUACUGGAGAACGUGGAACAGGCCCGUGUACACGUACUUUAAGCGUCAUGUAUAUGUACCCAUGAUUGGACGUGGAUGGAGCCCGUGGGCUGCAAGUUGCGCCGUCUUUUUUGUGUCUGCCGUGCUACACGAGGUUCUUGUUGGUGUUCCCACCCACAACAUUAUCGGCGUUGCUUUUCUAGGCAUGUUCUUGCAGCUCCCUCUCAUCGCCAUCACAGCCCCUCUAGAGAAGAUGAAAUGGGGGCACACCGGCAAAGUAAUGGGAAACGUGAUCUUUUGGGUGUCCUUUACCAUUUUCGGUCAGCCAUUUGCGGCAUUGAUGUACUUUUACGCAUGGCAGGCCAAGUAUGGUAGCGUCAGUAGACAACCGAUGCUUGCAUUGCAGACAUGA